AUGUUUUCCAUCCUUUUUACCCUUCUUAUUUGGCCUACCCAUGUCAAUUCUACAAUUUGUGCAGCGGUAAAGGAAAAAGAUGUUAAUACUACCUCCGCUCUCAAAUCUAACUAUGACCUAGAGGUUAUCGUCAAGACGGCAGCUUACAAUUUCGAAGAUCUUCAAAAAUUUCGCACUCUUUACGCUCGAAUCAAUGAUUUCAGUGUAUAUACUCGACAUCCCUUCCGAAUAGGCAUCCGUCUGAGGGAGGAGAUAUUGCAGUAUAAUGAUCUCCUGGUAGGCGACUAUGAAGACACAUAUUACAACCUCACAACCAAAAUGAUGACUAACUUCCAAUGGGCCGCCAGGUUUUGCCGAAACGAACGACCUGGCUUCCUCUUUUUGGACGACGACUACGGCUUCCACCCGAAAAAUCUACGUUGCUUUCUUGCACGCCUAGAAGCAGACUGGCGAGAUCGCAUGGUCGUCAGGCUGAAAUGGAACAAACCUCCGACUGUCCGCUACGGCAACGAUGCCAGAACUGACAAAUGGGCGCUCUCAAAGCGUGAGAUGCCCUGCCCAGCCUUCCACCAUACAUUGGAGAAGCUGACCAUCUCUAUGCAUUUCACUCGCAGUAUUCCUAUUGACGACGUCUGGUUGGGCCUGGUAAUGACGAAGUUGGAUUUGCGCUUCCAGUACCGAGCUGGAAGCCAUUUCGACUGGGAAGCGGGACCUUAUACUGCCGAUGUCCGCUAUGCAUAA